ACAAGGAACAAAAUACAUAUACGUGUUUCAUGUUGCAAAGCUAACUGUGCUAUCUUGAAUCAUUCUGCGCUAGUUAUGCUAGUCUGACGUGCUUGCUGGAAUGCUGCCGAUUUCAGUGUUGUUGACAAUAUUGCAUCGCUCUCGUCUAGUCGGCACGACGACUCAAACGGCAUACUACUCUUUGAUGCUCUUCGAAAUAACGGCUGUGUUUGACGAAACCAGCAGUAUUUUCUCUAGCCGGCAUUCAAAACCUCACUUCAAGGAACCAUUGUUCCAUUGUGCUGGGAAAAGCUUGGCUCUCUUGGAUAGUCGCGCACCUCCGAUUCUGGCAUGCUAGUUUGUCGAUUUAGUCAUGGAAACCGGGAAGGAUCCACAGCAACGAAG